AUGUACGAAUUGAACUUGUUUGCAUCCCAGCACACGGGUGAUGUGUUGAGGACAUCUAGUGUCGAAAGGUUCCAAGCGACGCCGAAGGACCUUGACCUUGCCGUCUUCGUCAAAAAGACAUUUAUCGAAGUGGCACCUCUGGUCCAAGGUUCAGAAAUCCGUCGAUCGCGGUCGGAACCGCAGUUGACGGAAACAUUGACGAGGUUGGAGGUGCCUGAGAAUGAGAUCGAAUCUGAUUCUGUGGAUGAGAACUUGCGCAUCAUAUGGCAAGCCCACUGUGCAAACGCCUGUAAACCAUGCAUCUUCAUUUAUCGCAAGGGAGACGGAUGCCGCAAGGGGAACUUGUGCUCCCAUUGUCAUUUCUGCCUGAAGCGUCUAAGCGAAGACGAAAUCGGCUAUGUUCGGAGCGUCGACAGGCAGCCAAGACUAGUGUCUGACUGCUUCUUGUAA